AUGACUGCACAAACAUCAGAAACCACAAGGAUUACCACAACUGAAAAGGGAAUCACCUAUGAUGUCAGUCACCCUUAUCACCUUAACAGUUCUGAUAAUCCAGGAAUGACUCUAGUCAAUACCAACUUUGAUGGAAGAGGUUAUUCUAGGUGGAGGAUAUCCAUUCUCCUUUCAUUGUCAGCCAGGAGAAAACUUGGUUUCAUCAAUGGAGCCUGUAAGGUUCCAGAUCUGAGCUCAGCUGAAUAUGAGCAAUGGUCUUGUAUCAAUGACAUGGUGAUAACUUGGAUCUCAAAUGCACUGUCCAAAGAUAUUGCUGAUAGUGUUAUUCACUCAAAACUGUCCAAAGAUAUUGUUGAUAGUGUUAUUCACUCAAAAACAGCAAAGGAUCUUUGGGACAGUAUUGAACACAGAUUUGCUCAUUCAUGGUCACAGGACAAAGCAAGUAGUGUAGUGAUCAACUAUUUUCUGAUUUUACAGCAUUCAUGGCAAAAGGUCAAGAUAGACAACCACGAAGGUUCAGGAAUCAAUCAUUCAAAGGGGGAAACACCUCAAAAAUUCAAUAAUCCUAAUCAAAGAGGAAUGAAAACACAGCAGAGGUAUAAACCUAAGAAGAUGUAUGACCUAAAUGUAAGUUGUACCUUUUGUGGGAAGAUAGGACAUGUUCAUGAUGACUGCUACAGGUUGCAUGGUUACCCAAAGGAUUUUGAAUUUACUAAAGUGUAUCAGGUACCAGUGAAGGCCAAUGCAGGGUUGAAUCGUGAAGAUGAAGGGAUGUCCGGGAACAAUAGUGAAAUCAACAUGAACCUUGCACAACAAUACACUAAGGAACAAACAAGCUAA